AUGUUCGUGGUCCCAACGCAACACCAGUUCGUUGACAACCACGCAUCACUACUCUCUUCAAGCUCUCCACAGCUUGGAGGUUCCCGCCCUGAAGCCGCUGCCAUCAGCUCGCUUCUCACCUCCCUCAGCACCUCUAUGGAACGCAGUGCUACCGAGUACUCGCAGUCAGGUUUGCCUUCGCCUUACCCAAGCAACUGCGGCGACACUCGUUCUGAAGGUUCAUCUGCAGAUCACGCAUCUGCUGCGCAAUACGCGACCCAGCAGGAGGUCCGCUCUAGCAACUACUCCACCUCGGCGACUCCCACCUCGGAGUACAGCGUCUACCCGCCCUCUGCGCGGUCAGGCUCUUUUCCUGAACACAUUCAGCGAUCAUACCAUCCAGCUAGCAACCACAACGGAAGCAGCGGAGGCAUGGCGCAACAAGCAAGCAGUCCGUCUUUGCCCCAGCAGGAUGGACGUAACCAUCAGGUCCCGAUGCCCAAGUCUGACCACGAUGUACCCAUAGAUCCGUCCAUAGCGGCGCCGAGUCCGACCUACGCGUACGGCCAGCACUCUCCCUACGGCCCGCCUCCGGGAGAUAUGUCGCAUUCCUACCAGCACCCUGCCUAUGCGCAACCCCGACCCGACUGGACCGGCUACGGUCAACACAGCGCCGGUCCUCUGACUCCCGCCAGUCACGUCUUCCCCCCGACGCCGAGUUCUGCCCCACCCCAGGGACGUCCUAACCAAGUAUACUCUUUCGUUCCGAUCCCUGGUGCCCAGCAGCACAAGCGACCCCGUCGACGUUAUGAGGAAAUUGAGCGCAUGUACAAGUGCGGCUGGAAUGGCUGCGAGAAGGCUUACGGCACGUUGAACCACCUCAACGCACAUGUCACCAUGCAGUCCCAUGGACAGAAGAGAACACCUGAAGAGUUCAAGGAGAUCCGCAAGGAAUGGAAGCAGCGCAAGAAGGAAGAAGAAGCACAGCGAAAGGCCGAGGACGAACGCCAACGCCAGGCUGCUGCAGCCGCUGCCGCCGCUGCUCAGAACGGCUCAGGCGAUCCCCAGUCUGGGCCUGACGGCUCAUCGUCAGCAUCCGCAUAUGCCAGUGGUCGCCAGGUUCAGUUGCCGCCAAUUGGAUACCAACCUUCGCAGUACCCUGCGCCUCCUUCUGCUGGAGGGGUUGCACAGCAACCUCUUCCCGAGUACAACAGCUCUCACAUGUACUCUGCCAACUAUCAACCCCAGUCACCUUAUGGGCAGCCAAACCAGAGCAUGUACAGCUCACGUGAGUUGAAGACUCCUGGAGCAUGCUGA